AUGAAAGUGAUGACAGUUACAUAUAUGUACUUUUUCAUCGUCUUACCCAAAUCUUGCAACUCGCGGAUCGCCGCGAUACUCCGUGUAGUCGUGGUAGGAAUUUGUAACUCAUUUUUCAGGUACAAGAUCGCGCUGCUUGAAGCACGCCGUGCCGGUAUUCUGAAAAAUUUGUUCGUCGGUUUGUCGUUCGGAUUGAUGGGACUAACAAAUUUCUCUUCGUUCGCGUUAGCGUUCUACAUCGGAAUCACGUGGACAGUUGAUGGCCAUCUGCAGUUACAGGAUUUGAUGACGACCUUCUUCUCGGUGAUGAUGGGCUCUUUGGCUCUCGGUCAAGCUGGGCCACAAUUUGCCGUCCUCGGAGCAGCGCAAGGAGCCGCUGCCAGCAUUUUUGAAGUGUUGGAUAGGGAACCAGAAAUCGAUUCGACUAGCAGUAAAGGUCGGCGAGACAUGCGAAUCAAAGGUAACAUCGAGGUGAAGAACGUGAUCUUCAACUAUCCUUCUAGGCCAGACAUACAAAUCACAAUCGAUGGUGUUCCGAUUUCCGAGAUUAACAUUGAAUUUCUACGAAAUCAGAUCGCUGUUGUUUCACAAGAACCGAUCCUGUUCAAUUGUACAAUCGAGGAAAAUAUUCGGUUUGGACGUUCGGAUCUCAGCUAUCAGGAAAUAGUAGCCGCUUGUCGUAUGGCGAAUGCUGAAGGCUUCAUCAAUGGUCUGCCACAGGGUUAUCAGACGACCGUCGGCGAUCGCGGAACGCAGCUGUCCGGUGGACAGAAACAGCGAAUAGCGAUUGCACGUGCACUUGUUCGCGAUCCCAAGAUUCUUCUACUCGACGAGGCUACCAGCGCUUUGGACGCUGAAAGUGAAGCAGUCGUGCAAAGGGCACUAGAGAAGGCUUCUGUUGGUCGCACGACGAUUAUCAUUGCUCAUCGGCUAUCAACAAUCAAAAAUGCAGACAAGAUCAUUGCAAUGAGGGCUGGUGAAGUGGUCGAAGUCGGUACUCAUGAAGAAUUACUGUCCAACAAAGGGCUUUACUACGACCUGGUACACGCACAAACGUUCACCGAUGCAGUCGAUGAUGUCAAUGCUCACGAACACGAUGAAGAGUUCGCAGCUGUGAGUCAGAAGAGGGCCAGCCUAAUCUCCAGAGAAAUCUCAGUUCAAACAGCGAACGAAACGCAGGUGAGCCUUGAAGUAAGGGAAAACAGUCUCUUCCAAGUAGAUCAAAAAAAAUUUACUAUACAACUAAAAGGAAACAUUAUAACGAUCCUGACGCUGGAAGAUCAGCAGAUUGAUGACAGCAAAGAAAAGAAAGAUGACAUAACUCGACUCCGUCAAGAACUGAAGGCUGAAGGAGUGCAGAAGACGAAUCUGUUCGAAAUCCUCGGCUAUGCUGCUCCUCACUGGAAAACGAUAGUGGUGGGACUCACAGCCUGCGUCAUCGGAGGACUCGUCUACCCCACGUAUUCUGUGGUGUUUAUGCAAGUGAUUACGGUAAGUUGA